AUGAGAAGUCGUACUGGUGGUGGUAGCAGUAGCAGCAGUACUAAAGAAGUAGCAGUACCAGCAUCGACAAUAGUAAAACCAGCAGCCACAGUAGAAGUAGUACCAGCAAAGGCAGUGAUAAAACCUGUCACAGUAAAAGUAGCAGUACCAGCAACGGCAGUGAUAAAACCUGCCACAGUAGAAGUAGCAGUACCAGCAACAGCAGUGAUAAAACCAGCAAUAGAAGUAGCAGUACCAGCAACGGCAGUGAUAAAAUCAGCAGCCACAGAAGAAGUAUCAGCAAAGGCAGUGAUAAAACCUGCCACAGAAGAAGUAGCAGUACCAGCAUCGACAAUAGUAAAACCAGCAGCAACAGAAGUAGUAUCAGCAAAGGCAGUGAUAAAACCUGCCACAGAAGAAGUAGCAGUACCAGCAUCGGCAAUAGUAUAA